UCCUGUGUUCUCUCUUCGUCUUCACCAUCACAACAGUUCCUUGAUCUCAAACUGGAGCUUGAAAGGGGCAAAGAAGCUUGGAAUCAGAUGGAUUGGAAUGUCAACAACGCUUUCAAAACCUACAAAGAAAUGGAACCAAAAGCCAUGAUGGAUAUGUCACUCCUUCCACACUCUUCUGAUCCCAUUGACAUUGCCUUAGGCUCUUCUUCUGACAACAAUACUACUGCUCCCCCUAAACGCAAGAAGACUAUGACUUCUGUCUUCCUUAAAUACUUCGACACCUCACCUGACACCAAGACUCGCAAAUGCAAACUCUGUGGCCAAAGCUACUCCAUUGCAACCGCCACAGGUAAUCUUGGAAGGCAUCUGAAUAACCGACAUCCAGGAUAUGAUAAGGCAUCAGAUGUUGCAACCACCUCAGUACCGCAGACGCCGCCAGUUGCUGCGAAGCCCUCACAGUCCCUGUCCAAAGCGCUGCAGAUCGAUUACGAUCAUCUCAACUGGUUGGUUCUCAAGUGGCUCUCUCUGUCAUCGCUGCCUCCCUCCACCGUAGACGAAACGUGGCUGGGAAACUCCUUCAAGUUUCUUAACCCAUCCGUCCAGCUAUGGCCUGCUGAAAAGUACAAAGCCGUGCUCAAGGAGGUUUUCAGAAGCAUGCAGGGAGAUGUCAAGACAACACUGGAGCAUCAUGUCCAGUCCAGAGUUUCGCUCACCUUGAGUUUCUGGAGUUCGUACGAGAACAUUUUUUAUAUGAGCGUGACGGGACAUUGGAUUGAUGAAAACUGGUCCUCUCAUAGGUUGCUUCUCGACAUUUGCAGGAUUCCUUAUCCCUCUGGGGGUGCUGAGAUCUAUGCAUCUCUUUUGAAAGUUCUUAAGAUGUUUGCCGUUGAAGAUAGAGUUCUGUGUUGUACACAUGACAACAGCGAGAACGCUAUCCACGCUUGUCAUAGUCUGAAGGAGUACUUAGAUGGUCAGAAGGUAUUGCCUUUCUGCUACAUUCCCUGCGCUGCUCAGACUUUAAAUGAUAUUAUUGACGAGGGGUUAGCAACUAUAAAGCCUAUAAUCUCAAAGAUCAGGGAGUUCACGCAAGAGUUAAACGCCUCCAUGGAGCUAUCAGAUGAUUUCGUUCAGCUGACAACAGCUUAUCAGGAAGGAAACUGGAAGCUUCCUGUAGAUGCUUCUUCUCGUUGGAGUGGUAACUACCAAAUGGUCAACAUCUUGUGCAAGGCUGGCAAGUCGUUGGACUCGGUGAUAAGGAAAAACGAGGAGUGUCUAGAGAACAGAAUGGUGUUGAGCUCUGCAGAGAAGAACGCAGUGAGCAUUGUCCACAGCUACUUGGAUUUGGAUUCGUUUCGCAAAACGACUGACGAUAUGUGCACAAACAAGGAUCUCACCGUCGGUCUAGCUCUCCUCUUCAUGGAUAACAUCUCUGAGAUGAUCACAACUUGCCAAAAGUCUUGCCACAACCCGGACUGGUUGAGAACGUGCGCUGAGAACAUGUCGCAGAAGGCUAGAAGCUACAACACACAAGUGUGCAACGUGUUCACUUACAUUACAGCCGUUCUUGACCCGCGCAUCAAAACGGAGUACAUCCCAGAGACGCUGAACCUAGAGAGCUAUAUAGAUGAAGCAAGAGGGCAUUUCAUUCGGAACUAUGCUUCUCCUCAUCAUUUCACGUCUUCUCUAGCCAGCGGGUACCGUCCACAUCAGGAGAUAGACGAAGGAGGAGGAGGGAACAUCUCAUUUGCAGAGGAGAUUGCUAGAAGGAAGAGAAGAGGAAGCAUGAGUAACAACAGUGUUGUUGAUGAACUGACUCAGUACUUAUCAGAGUCUAUAGUCCCAAUGCAGACCGAUGUGUUGGACUGGUGGAAGGGGAACAGCGGGAGAUACCCGCGGCUUUCCAACAUGGCUAGAGACUUCCUUGCGGUUCAGGCGACUUCAGCUGCGCCGGAAGAGAUAUUUUGCGUUAAAGGAGAGGAUAUUGAUAAGCAAAGGUAUUGCAUGCCACAUGAUAGCGCACAGUCUGUGCUUUGUAUCAGGUCAUGGAUUGAAGCUGGGAGGAAACUUAAGUUCAAGUCAACUGAGAUUGACUAUGAGCGGUUAAUGGAGUUAGCUGCCACCGUGGCUGCUGAUAACUCUGACAAGAUUCAACAUAAGUGAGAUUAUUUUUUAGUGUUUGUAAUAAAGAGACAAAUUGUGAUUUAAUUGUCUUCUUUUAGCAUAUGAUUAUGUGUAUGUAGUUUUGCUUAGUGUUGGAGGAUUUGUAGAGACCAUUUAUGUAUCAGUUCUUAGGACGAUUCAUCAUAUUGUUAAGAGUUAGUUUAGUGUAA